AUCCGCUUCAUCAAUCCAACGCAAUCUCAAUGGCUAAUUCCUAUCUCAUUUCCUUCCUACCACUCAUACUAGUUUCAAUCACUUUAGCGUCAAUAAGUGGUGGGAUGAUCAGUGUUGAGGCACGUAAUCUUUUGGAGAUACCUGAGGUUCCAAAGCCUGAACUUCCGGAGAUUCCGAAGCCUACACUUCCUGAGCUUCCGAAGCCCACAAUUCCUGAGAUUCCAAAACCCACAAUUCCUGAAAUUCCAAAAACCACUCUUCCUGAGAUUCCAAAGCCCACACUUCCUGAGAUUCCAAAGCCCACACUUCCUGAAAUUCCAAAACCCACUGUUCCUGAGAUUCCGAAGCCAACACUUCCUGAGAUUCCAAAACCCACUCUUCCUGAGAUUCCAAAACCCACUAUUCCUGAGAUUCAGAAGCCCACAGUUCCAGAGAUCCCGAAGCCCACAGUUCCAGAGAUCCCGAAGCCUACAGUUCCUGAAAUUCUGAAGCCCGCACUUCCUGAGCUUCCAAAGCCGGAGUUGCCUACUUUGCCCAAACCAGAAGUACCAAAGAUGCCAGAAAUCCAUGACCUUCCUAAGCCCACCUUGCCAACCAUUCCUGAGUUGCCCAAAGACUUCCCCAUCCCUUCCUUACCCCAUCCUUAAAGAAAUGCUUUUUAAUUUGUGAAAGCAUGUGAUUGUUCACUUCACUGCUACAACUAUUAUUAAAGAAAACUUCAUGAUCAGUCCAGAGGGUACCAUGAAAGAUUGAAUGAUUAAUUAUUUUUAUUUUUAUUUUCUCCAUUGUUGUGUUAUAUUGUGAUUGACUUUUGUACCUCAUUCCUUUGUG